UCCUCGCGGUUAGCAUAGGCAGUUCCUGCUAGUCACACACACACACACACACACACACACACACAUCGCUGUAUAAUGUCGGAGAGCGCGUACUGAAGUGUGUGUGUUUGGGGACACAGGGCAGGAUGAGUGCUGCGGCUGAAAGAGUCCGGCUGGUGCUGCUGGUCUACAGCCUGCUCUGGGCUUCACUCCACACCCUCUGCUCCGGGGAAAGCAGCAGCAGUUCCAGCUCCUCCUCAUGGUUCCAGGAUCUGUGCAGUUAUAAAUGGGAGGCUAUAGACAAGGACAGCAGUGUAAAAUACACCCUGAGGCUGUGUUCUUCAUCUCCGGAGACGGCCUGUGGCUCAGACGCCGCCGUCUGCGCCCAGAAUCUCAACAACAGCCAAACCCAGUCAGUGGGUGAUCUCUCCGUGCAGACGGCCUCAGGGUUCAUACUCACCUUCAACAGCACUGAGAGCUGCAAAGGACAGAGCAGCAAAGUGCAAAGCAGCAUCAGUUUCCAGUGCGGUAAAACAAUGGGGACGCCGGAGUUUGUUAUCGUGUCUGAGUGCGUUCAUCGCUUCGAAUGGAGAACUUACGCAGCCUGCAAAAAAGACAAGUUCAAACCCGUUAAGGAGGUUCCCUGCUACGCCUUCGAUUCAGAUGGAAACAAACACGACCUCAACCCCCUCAUCAAGGUCACCGACGGCUACCUGGUGGACGACUCGGAUGAUAGCGUUGACUUUUACAUUAACGUGUGCAGAAGUCUGGACCGAGAAAAUAGUCUUUGUCCUAAAGGCUCUGCUGCCUGUUGGACUAAAGAAGGCAAAUCAAUCAGCAUGGGGAAACCGGACAAGCCUCUGGAGCUCAUCUCUAAUGACCGGUUGAGUCUGCGCUACGAGUCUGAAAACAAGACGUGUAACGGGCACAAGCCUGCAGUCACCAUCACCUUUAUCUGUCCAUCUACAAGACAGCAGGGAAGCGACCCCAAGCUGACCGCCGAGAAGAACUGCCGCUACGAGGUGGAAUGGGUGACCGAGUACGCCUGCCACAGAGACUACCUGGAGAGUGAUGACUGCAAACUGACCAACCAGCAGCACGACAUCUCCAUCGAUCUCACGCCCCUCACACUCGCCUUUGGAGACGCUCCUUAUGUCGCUGAGGCUAAGAAUGGAAAGGACACCUACACGUUCUAUCUUAACGUGUGUGGGGAAACCAGAGCCGGCGAUUGCGAUGACGGGAAGAGUGAUGUGUCGUCUUGCCAGGUAAAGGAAGGAGUUGUCAAAAUCGCCGGGAGAUACAAGAAUCAAACUCUCAGGUACUCUGAUGGAGAUCUGACCCUCAUCUAUCCAGGAGGAACCAGUUGCAGCUCAGGCUUCCAGAGAAUGACCAUCAUUAACUUUGAGUGCAACACAACUGCAGGGAACGGCUCUCCCGUGUUCACAGGGGAGGUUGACUGCACAUAUUACUUUAACUGGCAGACGUCAUACGCGUGUGUAAAGAAAACCAAAGACCUGCUGUGCAGAGUCACAGAUGGCAAAAUGCACUAUGACCUCUCCCGUCUCACUCGCUACACAGCAUCUGAAACACAACAGAACUGGGUGGCAGUGGAUGCCAACUCUCCCGAGAAGGACAAAAAAAUGUUCUACGUGAACGUGUGUAAUAAAAUCAUUAAGCAGAAGGAGACGUUCUCGUGUCCUGAAAAUGCAGCACUAUGCGCUGUGGGGAAAGAAAACUCUAUUAGCCUGGGUCAGUUCCUCUCAUCACCACAGAAAGACCAGACCGGGACGGACCUGAGGCUCAUAUACACUGACGGCGAUGUGUGCAGAAAAAACAUGAAGAUUAAAAGUAUCAUUACUUUAAAGUGUAAACCCGGAGACAUGGACAGCCCCCCCAUCAUGAGGAGCGUGUCGAGCGACGGCUGCAUUUAUGAGUUCGAGUGGCAGACCGCCGCCGCCUGCGUGCUCACCAGAACAAAGGGCGACGACUGCAAAGUGGAAAACUCCACCGCAGGAAUUUCCUUUGACCUGACCCCGCUGAGGAAGGCUGAUGGAGGAUACUACAACAUCUCCAAGGACAAAUACGACUACUUUAUUAACGUCUGUGGGAACGUUAAGUUUGCAGACUGCCCUGCGAAAUCAGGAGCCUGUCAGGUGGAUAAGAGUACUAAAUCUAAUUCCUGGAACCUGGGUGAGUUUAACCUCAGUCUGUCAUAUUACGAUGGAAUGAUCGAGCUGGACUAUGUAAACGGAUCUCGGUACAACAAUGAGGAACACACACAGCGCUCCACACACAUCUCUUUCCUGUGUGACCGAGAGGCCGGGCCAGGCAAACCUGAGUUUCAGGAUGAGGAUGAAUAUACCUACAACUUCCGGUGGUACACCUCAUACGCUUGUCCAGAGAGGCCACAGGAGUGUGUGGUUACUGACCCCAAUACAUUUCAGCAGUUUGACUUGUCAAGCUUGUCAAAGUCGGUCGGAUCUGCAAACUGGGAGGCCAUGGACAUGGGAAAACGGAGAAUGUACUACAUCAACGUUUGCCAGCCGCUCAGACCAGUGCCGGGCUGCGACCGACUUGCCUCAGUGUGCCAGAUCAAAUACGAGAGUGAUCAGGAAAUAGAUUCUGAAAAAGUUACCAUCAGUAACCUGGGCAUGGCUACAAAGGGCCCUGUGAUCAUAGAGGACAAUCAGCUGCUGCUGGAGUACACAAACGGCUCGGCGUGUGAGGUGGACGGAAAGAUGACCGCCUAUAUCACACGCAUUCACUUUGUCUGCUCUGAAGGACCUGCGACAUCCGGUCCACGGUUCUUAUCGGACCAGGACUGCGUAGUAAACUUCAUGUGGGACACAGAUGCAGCCUGCGCCAUUUCGACUGCCGUAGACACCAAUCAGACUUGUUCUUUAAAGCAUCCCAAUACCGGCUUCGAGUUCAACCUGCUUCCUCUGGCCUCCGAAAACGGAUACAAGACGACUGCGAAUGGAAAAGAGUUCAUUGUGAACAUCUGCUCAGAAGCCCGGCAGUGCAAAGCAGACAAGAAGGAUGUUGCGGGCUGUGUGGUGGAGGACGGCAAGCCUCACAGUUUUGUUGGAGUGAAGAGAACUCUGCAGUUAUCUACUGAUGGCCUGCUUACUCUAACUUACAAAGGAGAGCUGGAUAAACAGCUGGGUACCGAAGCCACGUUCACAAUCAAUUUCGUGUGCAAUCAGAGCUCUACUACCGGCUCCCUGAAGCUCAUUCGUGAGGGGAUUAGCACGUCCUCACACGUGCAGCAUGACGUCCUGUUUGAGUUCUCUACAGCUCUGGCUUGCGAGCCUGCCCCGGUAGAUUGUCGUGUCACAGACUCUCAGGGAAAUGAGUACGACCUGAGGGACCUCAAUAAAGUCUACGUUCCUUUAGACACAUCAGACCAGGCAAAAUCUCAGAAGUUCUUCAUCAGUGUGUGUAAACCUCUACCAUAUGUCAAGAACUGCCCAGCUGGGGUAAUUGGAGCGUGCGGUCAGUUCAGUGGACAAGGUGUGAAUCUGGGCUUUGUGCAGUCCACCCCGCAGGCCGGCUCAGACGGCUCCAUCAGCAUCGUCUAUCAGAAUGGGGAUAAGUGCGGUUCAGGAGGACGUUACUCAGCACGCGUGAUCUUCCAGUGUGAUGACAACCCUGGCUCACCGAUGUUUGAUCGUAAGGACGGCUGUGAAUACGUAUUCAUCUGGAGGACCUCCGAAGCCUGCCCGAUUAAAAUAGCACAAGGUUCCAACUGUAAGGUGAAGGACCCCAGGAGUGGGUAUGAAUUUGACCUGACUCCGCUGUCUGGGACGGAUUAUGAGGUGAAGAGCUUAACGUAUGAAUAUCAUUUUGCUGUAUGUGGCCCUAUUAAGACGUCAGUGUGUCCACACGGAACUGAUAACACGGUUUCAUCCUGCCAAGUAGAGGGUACCGCUCAUAAGAUUUCUGGCUUGUCUAAUCAGAACUUGACGUUUGAUGAUGGGGUUAUCAUGAUCAACUACACACACGGGGACACCUGCCAUAAAAUUUACGAGCGAUCGACAGCUAUUAUGUUUUCCUGUGACCACAGCAAGAACCCGGGCAAGCCAGCAUUUAUCAGAGAGACUGCAGACUGUACCUACUUGUUUGAAUGGCACACAACUUUGGCCUGUCCUCCUUUUAAGACCAUCAGCUGCUCCUACAAUGACGGCAGUGGACACUCGUAUGAUCUGUCCUCAUUGGCGCGGCACAGCAGUAACUGGGUGAUUUUGCCGCAGACUGGAAAUAAAGACCAGCGCUACUACAUCAACGUGUGCAAGUCUCUCGUUCCUCAGAGCGGUUUAUGGGGCUGCCCGAGCAGCGCAGCAGCUUGUCAGAAGACCAAUGAUAAGUAUGUGAGUCUGGGAGAAGCUCAGUCCGAGCCACAGUGGGAGGAAAACGCGCUGGUGCUCAAGUACACUGACGGAACAACCUGCCCAGCCGGGGACCGCAAACGGUCCACCAUCAUCCGCUUUAAAUGUGAUCGCAACAAAGUGGACUCGAAGCCCACUCUGAUCACGGCACUGGAGGACUGCGUGUACACCUUUGUGUGGUUCACCACAGCAGCGUGUCCUCUUAACAGCACUGAGCACGGAGACUGCAAGGUCACUAAUCCCCUCACAGGGCAUUUGUUUGACUUAAACUCCCUCACCCAGGAUGGUGGAUAUACGGUGUACCACAGCGUCGAUGUAAGGAAGAUGUAUCGCCUCAAUGUCUGUGGCCCCAUAAAGAACACAGGCUGCGCUUCCGAAGCAGGAAUGUGCAUCAAAGACGCUAACUCAGCAGUGAAUGGAGGAAUGCCUAGCAAGAAGCUGGUCUAUAAGGACCAGGUGGUGGAGCUGACCUACGAGGGCGGAGACGUCUGUGCAGCCAAUCCGUCACUCAAACACAAGAGCAUCAUCAGCUUCAUCUGCAAGUCUGAGGGAAGCGGCACCAGCAAGCCCGUGCUGGUCGACUCGGACAUGAACACCUGCACUCACUUUUUCUCAUGGCACACACCGCUGGUCUGUGAGGAACAGGUGAGAUGCUCCGUUUGGAACAAAACCAACCUGAUAGACCUGAGUCCUCUGAUUCACCUCAGCGGGUAUUACACCGCCACCGACGAGGACACUGAAGAGACUGCUGAUAAAAACAAGGAGGACACAUCUCGUGUCUUCUACAUUAACAUCUGCCAGCCUCUCAACCCCAUUCCAGGGGUCAAGUGUCCUCCUGGAGCGGCGGUGUGCAUGGACCCUCCUCAAGGAGACCCCAUUGACAUUGGACGUGCCACCUCCUCUCCUACGUAUAACAAAGAUCAGGUGGAGAUUGACUUUACCAGUAAGACGCCAUGCGCAGCCGAUCCCUCGGUUAACUACACCUCCAGAAUCAUCUUCACCUGCCAGAAAGACACAGACCUGGGAUCCCCGGAGAUGAUUCAUCAGCUGGACUGCACGUACGUGUUCGAGUGGCUGACGCCUCUGGUGUGUCCUGAGACGGUCAGCGUGCAGGGCUGCAAGCUCAUCUCCCAGCUGCAGUACACCUUCGACCUCUCGCGUCUGUCAGGAGACGUUCAGGUUCCUGCUUCCUCUGGAACAUAUAAGAUGAAUGUUUGUGGGUCCGUGACGGACAAGGCGUGUUCUAGAAGCGCGGUGUGUUUGGUCUCUGGAACUUCUGACUCUUCAUUCGGGCACAGUCAGGCCAUGAGUCUGAACUACAGUCGAGAGGAGCAGGCGGUCAUCAUGCAUUAUGGAGGUGGAGACCCCUGUCCUUCAGUGACUACAAACGGAUCCGUCUGCGUUUUCCCCUUCAUCUUUUUGCACAAAUCCUAUUCUGAGUGCACAGAAGAGGGCAGGACUGAUGGCAGGAAGUGGUGCUCUACCACAGCAAAUUAUGACAUAGACAGACAGUGGGGUUUCUGUUCUAGCGUGGCGGCCAAGAGGCAGUCGACCAUCUUGUUCACGUGCGAUCGCUCGGCAGGCCGCGGUAAACCGCAGCUUCUUAGCGAGACUCAGGCUUGUUCCAGCACCUUCACGUGGCGCACGAAUGUAGUCUGUCCUCCGAAAAAGAUGGAGUGCAAACUGGUGAGCCACCACCAAACCUACGACCUGCGCCCUCUGUCUUCUCUCACGGCCCCGUGGAAGUUCACCGGCACCGAUAAGAGCGACUCAUUCUACCUGAACCUGUGCCAGGAAAUCCACGGAGGUCUGACCGAUUGUCCGGACGGAGCCUCUGUGUGUCGCAGGCGUUCCGGUGGAAAGACGGAGACCCUGGGACGAGUUUUUACUCAGAACAUGGGCAUUACUGAUGGAAAGAUCCAGGUUAAUUACACAAUGGGGGAUGCCGUGUGUGGGAAUUCAAAACAGGCCAAAACCAUCGUGCAGCUGACGUGCGGAGACACCGUGGGCCAUCCCAAACUCCUGAAGGAGGAUACAGCAUCCUGUGAGUUCUGGGUGGAAUGGGAGACUCGAGCUGCCUGUGCAGUGAAGCAGCAAGGAGAGCAGGUGGAAAUGGUGAACGGCAUCAUCAAGGUUCCCCAGACUGGUUCCAUGUUCAGCCUGGGAGAUCUUUACUACAGCCGCCACAAUGCCACCGGAGACAUCAGACCCAAUGGUGACAGUUACAUCUAUCACAUCCAGCUGUCAGGCAUCACAGACAGCUCUUUAUCCCAGUGUCUGGGUGCAAACAUCUGCCAGGUGAAGAAUGGUGCCACCUACUGCAGGAAAAUCGGCUCCUCCAACAAGGCCAAGUACUACAUCAAAGGGGACAGUCUAGAUGUCCUGGUGCCUUCAGAGUCCGUGUGCGGCCGGGACAAGUCAAAGACCAUGUCGUCGAACAUUUUGUUCCACUGCAAGCCUGAGGCUGGAAUGGGAAUCCCCGAGUUCCUUUUGGAGACAGACGGGUGUCAGUACCUGUUCGUCUGGCACACAGACAAAGUCUGCAAACUCUUCACCAUGAAUCAGCAGGUUAAUGACAACGAUGAUGCUGGAUUAUCAGGGCGGAGUCAGGCUCUGGGGGUGGUGCUGACCCUACUGCUGCUGGUGCUUACCAUCUGCUUGCUUGUUCUGCUGCUUUACAAGCGAGAGAGGAGGGGGCUUUUUAUACAGAAACUCACCAGCUGCUGCAAACGGAGAAAUCAAGUUUCUUAUAAAUACUCCAAGGUGAACACAGACGAGGACGGCUGCGAGGACGAGAUGGAGUGGCUGAUGGAGGAGGUGGAGACUCCGGCGCAGACGCCUUACGAGAACGGCCACAUCACCACCAAGCCGGUGAGUGCUGAUGCCCUGCGCUCCUUCUCCCUAGACGAUCAGGACAGCGAGGAAGAAGUUCUGACCACCCCUAGAGUUCGGGUUCAACCGGGACGAGACUCCGCCCCUUAUUCCUCCUCCCGUUUCCUGAAGAAGAACGAGAGCGACGAGGAUCUGGUGGGGCUGCUGGACGACACGGCAAGAAAGAAGGCUUCCAAACCGAGCUUCAGGCCUUCGAGGAAAGCACAGGGAGACCCAGACGACAGCGACGAGGACCUUCUGAAAGUCUGAGGAGCACUUUCAUGAACUUCUAAAACCCGCUCUGCUCAUUUUGUGUUUUUUUUUUUUUUUUUUUUUUUAGUUGUAGCUGUUUUGUGGUUUUCUAAAGGGAAAUCUAUUUAUUUCUUUUCACUGCUUAUGAACGGACAGUUGUGACAGCCUUGGCGAUGGAAAUAUUUCAUUGUUUAGAUUUUCCUUUUUUUUUUUCUUCCCCCGCCCAGUUCAGAUCCAGACGUUAUUGUAAACACUUAGGCAAAAAAAAAAAAAAAAAAAAGGGAGAUGGUGUGUGAUCUGAUAUUUAAUGAAAUGGGUUGAUUUUAUUUCAGCUGUGUUUUUCAUCUGUUUCCGCUUGUUUCCAUGGCAACCAGUAGCCAGUCGUGAAUACGGGAAAAUCUUGCGUUAAAGGUUUGCGGUAUUUUUGCACAUGGAGCCAUGAGGAAUCGCAUUAACGUUUGCUCGGAUUUCUUUUUUUUUUUCUUUUUUUUUCUUUUAGCUGCUUAAAUUACGCUUUCUUUAUACAUAGAAAAAAAACAACAAAAAACAGCAUUUUGAGUAAAAAAGGACAUCCUGUGCAUUGCUUUCCCUUUUCGCUCUCAAAGCAUGACGUAUAAGCCCUCGACGGAACACGUGCAGUAUUUUAACGCUCUUCCCUCCACGAUUUCACAAAAUCAAAAUUCAAAAAUGGUCUCAGUCUUUCAUUCAGGAAUUAUUGUGUGUCAUUUUAUUCAUUCUUUGCACAGUUGCGUUCCAUUCGCAACUUACAAUGCACUCUUUUUUUUAUUUUCUUUCUUUCUGAAGGUAAAAGAAAAUUAAAAAGUUGAUGACUGCUGUUUGAUUUCUUUUGGCCUUAGACUCAAGACUGUGACUUAUGUGAUGUGUUUUGAUUUUUUUUUUUUUUUUUUUUUUUGAAAAAUGGUACGAUUUGAUCAUAAUGAGACGCAGGUGUCUGAAUGCUACACAUCGUGUCUGCUAUGAAGGUUGUUUAAAGGUUGUCACUCACCGUACACACAAUCUCAGUGUGUUUUUUGUGUUUGUUUUUUUUUUUCUUUUUAUAAUCUCAUAUACAGAGCCUCCCGCCCUGUUUUUGCCAAAAUUUCUUUACACUUGUUUGCUUGUCUUUUUUUUUGUUUGUUUUUUUUGUUUGAUUAUUUAAAUAUGUUCAAACUGAGACAUAACAUUAUUUCAAUAAAAAAAAAAAAAAAAAAAAAGAACGGCUGUUAAAAUAUUUACUCUGGUCACUAAGCGAUGUUUUCACACCAGGGGGUCAUCCGGGUUCAGAUAUUUACAUGUUCUGAAACGUUCUACACUCCAAAGGUUGAAGGAAAUUGUUUGCAUUGCUUAAAAAAGACAAAUAAAUGUGUCUGGUUGUUUUUACUUUA